UACAGUCUACAGCACGGUCGUAUACGACCGUGGUGUACAGUGUAUUUUAAACAUGGCGAACGGUAUUCUAAGUAGGUUAUAUCGAGCAUUUAAAAGGUUUGAUCAAGCAGUUGAUAUUUUAUUGGGUCGUAGUCUUCCGCCAGGCCAUUUGCUUGCAAUCGACUGUAAUGCUCUAAGUCAUGUACAACCUACUAUCAUUCCCGGACGAUCGUUAAAAGAUAUAUUAAACGACGCAAUAUUAUGGGCUGUGCCUAAAAAACGACGAACUAUUGAAAAACGUCUGAAUAGAAGAUUCGGUGUUCCUAAAUAUAAUUGGAAACCUCAUGUACCAAAAACUAAUAUCAUAAUGUGCCGAAAAUGUGGUCAUGAUUACGAAGUUAACACACUAUGUGGAUAUUGUUACGAAAAGGUAAAACUGGAAACAAAGGAAUUUAAGGAAUAA